UGGUAGAAAUUUUGCAAGUUCGGUCUUCGUCGAGGAUUGGUUGAGAUGAGAACAGUUGAGAAGUAGCGGUGCCACUAAUAUUCGUUUUCUUUUUAGUAAUUAGUUUCUUCAAUAAAUUCAGUCUGUAUCAUUGAAUUGUAUAAGAUUCAAUGUUUUAUGAAAUUUGCGCGUUUUGCAUCGUUUUUCAAGGUUGAAAAUAAAAAUCACACCUCAUAAAUUUAUUGUAACAGAAGAGGUAGAAAUAAAAUAAAUUGGCACAGAAUUGUUCUUUACCUCAAGCAAUUUAUUUGUACUUACACUUAGCGCCAUGCAUUUUCUAUGCAAUUCCUAAACUACAAGUGAUUUGGACUUAAAAUACGAGAUCAGUGAGUAAAAUAAAGCAUGGAGGCUGCAAAAAAAAAAGGUCGGCCAGUACAUCCUCGGGCCAAGGCCAAUCCCUUAUCAGCCCUAACAUUUGGAUGGACCUUACCAAUAUUUUGGGGUGGUUUGAAGAAAGAAAUGGAAGAGCAUGAUCUAUAUGAGCCACUUGAAGAACAUGCUUCAGGUCCACUAGGCGACAAGUUUGCCCGGUUAUGGGAGGAAGAGGUGGCGAGCGCCCAAGGCAAACGCACGCCGAGCCUCCUUCGAGUCAUCCUUAGAGCGUAUGCUGCCAGGUGCAUGCUCUACGGAUUCGUCCUGUUAUUUAUGGAAUGUGGAAUUCGUAUCCUACAGCCGCGUAUGCUUGGUUUUUUCAUCGGCUCCUUCAGACAAGCAGACCAGCUAUUUAUGCACAGUCGACUAUUGGAUCUGCACGAAAAAGUAUUGCAAGCCGCCCGAAAUAGUACACUAGACAAUAUAGCACAGCCAGUUUUCCUCGGAAAACUAGUGGAGUACUACAGCCCCGACCAGACCACGGUGAAGCCGAGGGAGGCCUACCUGUACGCGGGCGCGGUGGUCCUAUGCUCCGCGCUCAAUGUCUUCUUCGUGCAUCCGUACAUGAUGGCCAUUCUACAUAUGGGAAUGAAGUUCAGGGUCGCUUGCUGCUCACUUAUAUACAGAAAGUCUCUACGGCUAUCGAAGACAGCUCUCGGGGAGACGACAGUGGGUCAAGUAGUGAACCUUCUCUCGAAUGAUGUGAACCGCUUCGACGUCGCGAUCAUCUUCCUGCAUUAUCUGUGGAUCGGCCCACUGGCCACGGUCAUCGUCACCUACUUCAUGUGGCUCGAGAUCAGCUGGGCGGCUGUCGUCGGCGUCGGGUUUAUGUUGGCGUUUAUACCCUUACAAGCAUAUUUGGGCAAACGGACAUCAGUUUUGCGAUUGAAAACAGCGCUGCGGACGGACGAGCGCGUGCGACUGAUGAAUGAAAUCCUCUCGGGGAUACAGGUCAUCAAGAUGUAUACCUGGGAGAAACCCUUCGCGGAUCUAGUUGCCAAAGCGAGAAAGCAAGAAAUCAAGCAAAUUAGAGCCACCUCAUACAUCCGAGGAGUUCUGACGUCGUUCAUAAUGUUCACGACGCGGAUCUGCCUGUUCUUCUCAAUCCUCGCGUUCGUGCUGGAGAACAACGUCAUAAGCGCCAAACAAGUGUUCGUGGUCACCAGCUUUUAUAACAUCUUGAGGCAGACGAUGACUGUUUUCUUCCCACAAGGUAUAGCGCAAGUGGCAGAAGCUACGAUCUCAAUAAAACGCCUACAAAGCUUUAUGCUCUAUGAAGAUACCAGCAAACCAGUGCCAGGCCUUGCCGAAAUUCAGACUUCUACUAAAAAGGGAAAGGUGUUUAGAGACGAACCAAGGGAGUCCGUUUUAUCAAAAGAAGAGGCUGAUAUUAAAGAAGGAACUAAGCCUUUUCUGGAAACUGAUUCAGAUUUCAAGAAAGAAGACAAUGCUAAAGGAAAUGGUAAAACCAAUGCACCACUAGAGUCCGGUGAAGAAGAUGAAGUAGAAUUGGUGACCAAGGUAGAGGAAGAUGCUCGCGGCGUACGUCUCAAACACGCAACGGCCAAGUGGAUCAUGUCGCACUCGGAAAACACGCUCACAGAUUUGUCGCUCACGAUAAAACCAGGAAAGUUGAUAGCAGUAAUAGGUCCAGUGGGAGCGGGGAAAUCAUCCUUGCUCCAUGUGUUGUUGAAGGAAUUGCCUCUAAUAUCAGGCAGCGUACAUAUCGGUGGCACUGUUUCCUACGCCAGCCAGGAACCUUGGCUCUUUGCAGGAAGCGUUCGACAAAAUAUUCUUUUCGGACAAGCGAUGGAUCGGCCAAGAUACAACGCGGUGGUACGGAGAUGUGCGCUCGACCGGGAUUUCACUUUAUUUCCUCAUGGAGACAAGACUGUCGUCGGCGAGAGGGGAGUCAGUCUUAGUGGAGGUCAACGUGCACGCAUAUCCCUCGCGCGAGCGGUGUACAAACGCGCGGACAUCUAUCUGCUGGACGACCCGUUAUCAGCCGUAGACGCCCACGUGGGCCGACACCUGUUCGAGUCGUGCGUGGUCGGCUACUUGCGCAACACCACGAGAGUGCUGGUCACUCACCAGCUGCAGUUCCUGAGGGAUGUCGAGCAGAUAAUCAUAUUAAAGAAUGGGUCAAUAGCAGCGGCAGGUGACUUUGAAACCCUCAGCGCGUCGGGUUUGGACUUCGCCACUUUGCUGGCAAGAGACGAGGCUGAAGAUGAUAAACCAGCUACUGAGGAUAAGUCCAACUUGGAUAACGAGGAAUCCGUACUACAAGGAAGCUUCCGGAAGAGGCAAAUGAGCAUACACUCGGUAAGUUCAGUGGACAACCUCACAGCAACAGCGCCCCCCGAAGGCGGGCGGGAGGAGGCGGAGAUGCGCUCAGCGGGCGCGGUAUCGGGCAAAGUGUACGGCGCAUACUUGGGCGCGAGUGGUCACCCCCUGCUCGUCGCGCUGAUGGUAUUGGUGGCCGUGCUGGCGCAGUUGCUGGGAUCCGGCUCUGAUUGGUGGACGAGCUUUUGGGUAAACGAGGAAGAGGAUCAUCCACGCUCAUCAAUGAUCAAUUUGGACAGACAGAAUUUAUCAGAUCCCCUUAUGUACUCGGGUAACCUUACUGCGGCUCUUCUAGAAGACGCACAUUUCAAAUCUGGACUAACUAGAUACCAGUGCAUCUACAUUUACACUGGCAUGGUGGUGGCGCUGGUGGCGGUGUCGCUGCUGCGCUCGUUCAUGUUCUUCUCGAUGGCGAUGCGCGCGUCCACGCGUCUGCACAACAGCAUGUUCUCGGCCAUCACGCGCGCGCCCAUGCGCUUCUUCCACACCAACCCGUCCGGCAGGAUCUUGAACAGGUUCUCCAAAGACAUGGGCGCCGUUGACGAAGUGUUGCCGUCCGCUUUACUCGACGUAUUACAGAUUGGGCUAUCACUAAUAGGUAUAGUGGUAGUGGUGGCCGUGGUGAACUACUGGCUGCUGCUGCCCACGGUGGCCAUCGGGCUGGUGUUCUACGGGCUGCGGAUAUUCUACCUGGCGUCCAGCCGCAGCAUCAAGCGCCUCGAGGGUGUGACACGUAGUCCUGUAUUCUCCCAUCUCAACGCGUCUCUGCAAGGAAUCACCACAAUACGCGCUUUUGGCGCUCAAGAGGCUCUUAUAAGGGAAUUCGAUAACCAUCAGGAUCUUCACAGCUCUGCUUGGUACUUAUUCAUAGCAAGCUCCCGCGCUUUCGGCUUUUGGUUGGACCUGGUGUGCGUUGUUUACAUCGCUGUGGUGACACUCAGUUUCCUCGUAUUUGGAAAGGAGGAGUACGGCGGUAACGUGGGCCUGGCCAUCACGCAGGCGAUGGGGCUGACCGGCAUGUUCCAGUGGGGAAUGCGCCAGUCCACCGAGCUCGAGAACCAGAUGACGAGUGUUGAGAGAAUACAAGAAUAUUCGAACAUAGAAUCCGAGCCACCUCUAGAAUCGGACCCCAAGAAGAAGCCGCCACCCUCAUGGCCAGAAUCCGGCAAACUGGAGUUCAAACACGUGUUCCUGUACUACGCGCCGGGGGAGCCGCCCGUGCUCAAAGACCUCAGUCUGGAGAUCUUGCCAAAAGAGAAAGUCGGAAUAGUAGGAAGGACCGGCGCUGGGAAAUCUUCACUAAUAAAUGCCUUAUUCAGGCUAGCCACAAUCGAGGGUGAGAUCAUAAUCGACGGCCGAGAAACGUCCACGCUCGGCCUGCACGAGCUGCGCAGCCAGGUGUCCAUCAUCCCGCAAGAGCCGGUGCUGUUCUCGGGCACCAUGCGCCACAACCUCGACCCCUUCGACGAGUACCCCGACCAGGUGCUCUGGAGGGCGCUCGAAGAGGUGGAGUUAAAAGAAGCUGUGAUGGAACUGCCCGCGGGUCUCAGUUCGCGGAUGUCGGAGGGCGGCGGGAACUUCUCCGUGGGUCAGAGGCAGCUGGUGUGUCUGGCGCGCGCCAUCGUUCGCCGCAACCGCCUGCUGGUGUUGGACGAAGCCACCGCUAACGUCGAUCCACAAACUGAUGCCUUGAUCCAAACUACAAUAAGAAAUAAGUUUGCCGAUUGCACUGUACUUACUAUCGCACAUAGACUACAUACUGUUAUGGACUCUGAUAAGGUUUUGGUAAUGGAUGCUGGUCAAAUGGUGGAGUUCGACCACCCACACAUAUUGCUGAAGAAGGAGGGAGGUUUCCUGCGCAGUAUGGUGGACCAAACCGGUCGCGCCAUGGCCGAGACGUUGGCUAGAGUAGCCAUGCAGGCAUACAACAAGAAGUACUCUAAAGAAUUGGAAGGAACCGACUGAGGUUUUAUUUGAUGGAGAAGAUCUGGUAUUGGAUCUGUAGUUACUAUAUUAUCGAAUAUCGAGUGAUCUGAGUCGUAGUCUUGAGAUUAUAGUCUCAAAGUAUCGAAUACUAUAUUUAUAUUUCACACUAAUUGUAAAAGUCCAUCCAAAACGUUAAUUUACCUUAGAAAUACCAAGUAAAUUAUUUAUUAUUAAUAGGGGUUUUGAAAAGCAAUACAAACUGAGUUUUGCGGUUCCAGGUAAAAUAUUUUUUUCUGAGACAGUCUAGUAAUUUAACCGAAUUACUAUUUAUCAGUUUAUUUUAUUAUUUUACUAAUUAAAUCUCCUAAAUGAUGAUAACGAUUGGAUCUUAAUAUUAUAUAAAUUAAGAAUAGUUGUUAUAUGUAACUAUAUACAAAGAUAAAUGUGAGUUAUACAAAGGAAGUGUGUUGUAUUGAUAAUGUAGUUAUUAUUAGGAGAUAAAUUAUUAUUAUUACUAUUAUACAGGAUAUGUUUGUGCCGUGAACACAAUUGAUAGGAUUUUGAGGCUCUGUACUGCUCAAAAGUAAAAAAAAAUUUGUUCCUAAAUACAAAAAUUCUAAAUGAAGGCUGAUUUGGCGGAGACGAAAGCUUAAAUUCAAUCUAAAUAGAAAUAAAAUUAAUUUUCCUCAUUGUAGUAUUUUCGUACUUAUGGAUAUCAUAAAGAACUUUCUCUAUAAUAUCAUAAAGAAAAAUUCUUUAUGAUAUUCAGAUUUUUUAAAAUAUAUUUUUAUGAUUUUUACUUAAAAUAAACACGAAGAUUAAAAACGAAUAUAGAGCUAUAGAGCGAACUUUGACUUUGCUCAUACUUAAGACACAGUUAAAACGAGAUCCUUGAUAUAUCUGGAUCACGAAACUUAAGUCUGAGCAAAGUACUCUAUAUUUUUUAGACAAGGCUUUAUACUUGGGACCAGUGACCUCUCUUACAUCCAAUGUGACGUGGUAUAUAAUACGUUUUACGAGCGCCAAGUGAGCAUUCAUUUUCAAUCUCAAAGGUGCUAGUACUUAGUACGUAAUUUUAAGUAGAUAAAUUCAAUUUAAUUUGAUAAUACUUAAUUAUUUUCAAUUUAACACUCAAUCAUGAUUAUUUUUACUUAUAUAAUUGUACUUAGUGAUUAGUGCUAAAUUUUUUGUGAUUUUUUUUGGUUACCUAUAUAAAUAAGUGAAUUUGUAAAACUUUACAUUGUUGGUAAAGUUACUGAAUGAUGAUUCCUAAUGUUAAUGAGGCAUGGUGAUAGUUAAUUUGAUGUACUUAGUGCCUGAAUGCUUAAUCAGUGAGAAUUUGUUAAUUAUUAUAAUGAAAUACAAUUUUUAUAUUUGCA